AUGGCCAAGCUCAACAUGGCCGAAGUUUGGGCCGACAUCAAGACGUAUCGUAGGGCUUACUUGCUUACCGCCGUGGCCUCGUUUGGCGGUAUGCUGUUUGGUUGGGACACUGGGCUCAUUGGCGGUGUCCUCACAAUGGACGCGUUCCAGCAUUCGUUCAAUCUCGACAAGAAUAGCCCUCACUUUGCCAAUCUCCAGGGUAACAUUGUGUCUGUGCAACUCUUCAACGUCACUGGUAUCUGUCUGUCAUUUUUCGUCAACUACGGCAUUGCGCUGGAUAUCAAGAGCCCCACCGACUCGACAAAAUGGCGUGUGCCGUUCGCCCUCCAGAUACUCCCUGGCGCUUUCUUGCUGGUUGGCAUGCUCUUCAUGAACGAGUCUCCCCGCUGGCUGGUCGAGAAGAACAGACUUACCGAUGCUGCCAAAGCGCUCGCCCAUGUCCGCGGCAAGAGCAUAGAGGACCCAGAAGUCGUCGAGGAACUCGAUGAAAUCAUUGCCGACUUCAACGGUCACGAGAAGAUGCCUAUGAUUGCCCAACUCAAGUCUGCCUGCUCCAGCAAAAAGAUGCUCUACCGAUCCAGUUUUGUCGUAAUUCUCAUGUUUUGGCAACAGUGGACGGGCACGAAUUCGAUCAACUACUACGCCCCACAGAUCUUCAAGCAGAUCGGCCUUGCCGGCAGCACUUCUGGAUUAUUCGCGACCGGAGUAUACGGGAUUGUCAAGAUCGUUGUAACGGCAAUCGGGCUUAUGGCUUUUACGGAGCAGCUCGGCCGAAAGUGGUCGUUACUCAUCGGAUCCAUGGGCCAGGCUUUUGCCAUGUACUAUAUUGGCAUUAAUCAGGCAGUCCAUCCGCCCACGGGCGAGCUUGACGGCAACGCAAUCUUUGCCAUCAUGUGCGUAUACCUGUUUGUGGUCUUUUACUCAUUCGGAUGGGGGCCGAUUCCGUUUGUGCUGGCAUCCGAAUGCAGUCCCAACCACGUACGCUCUCUGCUCAUGGCAGCGUCGUUGAUGACUCAGUGGCUUUUCAACUUUGUCAUUGCAAAGAUUACUCCCCUGAUGCUGGACAAUAUUACGUACGGAACGUUUCUUUUGUUUGGGUCGUUGUGCAUUGUCAUGGGUAUCUGGGCGGUGUUUUGCGUGCCGGAGACUAAAGGGGUGCGUCUGGAGUCGAUUGGUGAACUGUUCGAGGGCAGCAUCAUCAAGGGGUGCAUUCAGGACACGAUUCCCAGCAAGUCACGGGCUCGGCAGCUCAGACACCACCACGCUACGGAGGCGGCCGAUGGCGAUGGCGAUGCUAGCUCGAUGAAAAGCGGUCAUGGCAAGGCGAGGCGAGUUGAGCGGAUCGAGGAGGUGUAG